CAAUGAACACGUGUAAACAAUGCCCAUUCAUAAAUUAUUGAAAAAUUAUUUUCUUAAUUGUAGUUUAGAAAAUACUUUAAUACAAAUGAAUUAAAUGAUUUUUAUAUCGACCUUCUAAUGCUAUGAAUGCUUUAAGUGUAAAUCUAUCCAUACCUUUCCCAUCUGCAAGGGAAGCAGAAAUUGCUUAUCAAGUCCUUCGAGUUGAUAAGGAACCUUCAAGAAGCAGUGUUUCAAAAAACUUGACUUUAGAUAAUGAUAUUUUACAAGUAUCCAUUUCUGGAACAGAGGCACGAAAAGUCAGAGUGGCACUGACAUCAUUUUUUGAUAGUGUAAUUUUAGUAACAGAAACUAUUCAACAAUUUGGUCCACCUGCGCCAACUUAUAAUUAUUAUUAAGUAAAUAUUCUUUA